GACAGACACUUCACUACUACCCUUUGCCUUUCUUUUCUUUCUUCCUCAAGCACUUUGAGUAUCGAUGUCUCUUCGACGGUUUGCACAGACUCAAAGCGCAACGACAGCCCCGGGCUCACCUAUCUCGCACAAUGGUAGUGGUACACAAACGCCCGUCACCCCCAGAACGCGUAUUUCUUAUGUUAACUCUCCAUCGUCUACGCCGUCCAUAUCGUCGUCCACACCAUUCGACUGGGAGGCGGCACGUUCACGAAGACCUCCACCAUAUGCAACUCCUUUAGCAGGUAAAAGAAAAGCUCGCAUGAGCACGGGGACAGGUUCAGAAACCGUUGGGAUGCCCAAAAGAGUGGUUCGGAAGAAAGGGAUAAUCCAGAGAAUAUCUUCUAUUCCGUCUUGGAUUGCGUUUGAGCUGUCUCAGUUUCCCAAUAACCUGCCCCUACCUGCACCAAAGACCAGUGCAUUUCUUAUCGGGGCCAGCAUGCACCUUCUUCACUUGUGGGUGCGUGUUGCCCAAGCUCAGGCGAUCUCCGACGCAGAUCUCGGUUGGGAAGACAUGUACAGAGAACGCGAUGGACUUUCGUGGUUUGAUUGGACUGUCCCAGCUACUUUUCUACUUCUUGGUGGCUCAACUCUGAAUGCCUUACAUCUUUUCACCCAGACGCGAAUCUAUAGGAUAUAUCAUCGCACAGAUCCGGUUUCUUCUCCGCAUGCGACUUUUGUCCCCUCGCCCUCUCGCGCGCAGUCGACAUCAGUUAUCAAUCCUACCCCUACUCUGGUCAAUCGCCUCCUGCGCCUUUUCAAAUCUCUUCUCAUUUUUUUCUGGCGGCUGUUCGUCUCAUUUUGGCGAUUCCUCCUCGGCAUCAGUCCUGCUUCUCCAUCGACUCCUUCGCCUGGAUCGUCAGGUCGUGCUAAACAACCACAGAUGCAGCAACUCGAGGUAUGGACGCCUGGCGAGCUCGAACGCGUGCUGCUGACCGUCUAUUCUCCUGUACACGCACUGGCAUGGAUGGCGACUGGAACGACAAACUGGGUUCUCAUGGCAUUUGUAAUGGGUGGGGUAGGUUUACAGAUGCAUGGGCUAGUCAAGGCAUACGAGGCGUUACUUAAAGAUAAGGAAAUCAUUGCGGCUGAGGUGAUGGCCGAGUAUAAUGAAGGGUUCGUCUAUCCGCGCAUCAACCCAAUUCGGAAGGACGUUGCUGUUAUGACACACCAGUCAGAGAUGGUGAACAUUUGGGAGGACUAGGCGCAUGGUUGUUCUGGGAAAAACAUGUACUUUUGAGUCAAUUUACUAACCAAUUCUUGUUUCUCCAAACUGCAAUACGGAUUUCUAAUUAGAAGCUUGAGCUUUACAUAAAGAACAAUUCGCAUACGCAUACCACCUGUAGCAAUAAUGAACGGCCUAUCAAGUAUUUUGGGUGCUAUAUACAUACUCAAA